UGGAAAUUGAACAAACAAAUUAAAUUUGGCAUAAACCGAAACCAACUAAAGAAAUCAAUUUCCGGAGCCCUCCGUCCCUCCACUUGUCCUCCACUUGUCCACCAAAACCUUGACCACUCUCUGUUUUAGCCCCAGUGCUGCAGCUAUGCAUGAAACUGAGCAUUAAAUUGUAGAUUCAAGAAAACAUCCCAAAAGUAAAUACUUGUCUCCAUUAUUUCUUCACAUUCCAAACUCGCCUGUCUUGACAAUAAGACAGUGAUAGUACCUAAUCAUCGGCAUCUUUUCCUUGAGCCUGGAUGGCUUCACCGCUUUGUCCUUCUAGUAUCGGCGCGCUGAAUAUUGCAACGCCUCCGACCAACCGCCAAAUUGAUAUAUACGAACUCAACUCCCAUACCGACAACAUGAGCAGCGAACACUCCUCUAGCGACAACAACGCCUCGAGUCCUGUGCUCGCAUCUCAGAAGCAGGACGAGAAGGACAAGGCCGCGCGACAUUCUAGAAUACUAUCCGGCACCGAACUUACGCCCUUAAAGAUUUUAAUUUCAAAAGAGAAUACCACGGAGGAGCAGUCCCCUACGUCUAGGAAGCUGGCAGCUGCUAAGAGUCCAAGAAAGAUAUCGCCUGAGAAGCGUUUCCCAGUUAAAAUCAACAGCAGUCCCUCUCCACCUCCGGAGACCCAGAAACACCAGAUUCAGGAGCACAAUUUAUCUAUUGACGAAACGAUUCUGCGCAACGAGGGUCUGGCAACCGCUAUAAAGAUCUUCGAGGAUGAUGAUACCACGUUAGAUGAUGGCGACGAUAACGAAGCUGACACCACAUCUACGUCAAUUGGCGAUCAACCAAUUGGCAAUGAAUCAACCGGUCCAGACGAUACUAUGAUAAGCACAUUCAGUAAUUUCUCCGCGGUGCCAAACUUGACUAUGUUCGCGAGGAUUGGACAUAGUCCUACCAAGUUCGCAAACACCAGCGCAACUCCUCUCGCCAUGCGGAGUAAACCGGAACCCUCGCCACUGAGGACUCCUCGACCUCCUACUAUGCACGAGUCUGGAAACACUACCAACCUGCUUAUGGACUUUGCGGACCAGGCGGGUGGCCCUCCGUCUAGAUUCGCGCAGCAAACACCGAACCGAAGUCAAACAUUCGAUAGAAACCCGAGGCACUCGAUUGCAGCAACGCCUCAGCGCCAACAGUCUAACUUGCUCGAUUUCGAUAUUCCACCUCUUCCUACGCCCCGUAGUAUACCUUCAGUGACACCUAGAGAAUUGGAGUCGCUCAAGUCAGGAUUCCUCUCGGAAAUUAGUAGCCUCAAAGCUACCCUUAGCGGUAAAGAGGCCGAGGUUUUGGCUCUCAAGACGGCGGUGGGUGAUGCUGAAAAAAGAGUAGGCGAGAGCAUGGAACAACUCCGCGAAGAAAGGGCUAUGAAGGAAGCUAUGGCUGAAGAAAAGGAGAACUGGGAAGCCCGUAGUCGGGAGAUGGAGGCCGUGCUUCGUAAGGUCAAAGAAGAAAUUGUAAUGAGCCAGCGAGAGCGCGAGGAACUCGAAUCUAAGCUAGAUGAGAGUGAGAAACGACGAGAGGCCGCCGAGAUCAUGGCCCAAGAAGCAGAGAGCAAGAUGGCAGGAAUGCGCGCCGGCAAAGCCACUUUAGACGCCGAGAACAAGUCUCCCGAUAAGACUAAGAACGCCGGAUCUCGCGAGGUUGAAAUCGCUGUUGAGCGUGUAGCUCGCGAGUUACAUGUACUCUACAAAAGCAAGCAUGAAGCCAAGGUUGCGGCUUUGAAGAAGAGCUAUGAAACCCGCUGGGAAAAGAAAGUUCAAGAGCUCGAAUCCAGAGUCGAGGGGCUUGCCGAAGAGAACGAGAAACUAAGACUCGAUCGGGAUGCCGCUAUGAAUAGAGUCGAUCCUGACCAGACCCUCGCAGAUGAGGAACGCAAGUUCCAGGCUAUCAGGGACUCAGCGCAGAUCAAGGAAAUGGGUGCAGAGAUCGAGAAACUUGAGGCUGUCAUCGACAGUAUCAAGAUGGACAAUCACGAGCUUCGCCAGCUCCUCGAGAAGGAGCGCGUCGAGAAGGGUGAACUUGUCAUCUUAGCUGAAGAGAUGAUGUCGAUGCAGACUUUGGUCCAGGCAGAGGCGCCGCCACCUCCACGGCCGACUGUUACUAAGACGCAGCACACGGCUCCGGAAAGCUUCCGCCACAGCAUCGGCAGCCGGCCGUCAGGUCUGAGAGCUCCUGGAUCUGUGAAAAAGCCGACAGAGAGUAGGAUUGGUGGCAUUGCUCACGACCGGAGUAGGAAUGGCGGAUCUCAAGGGGGUCUACCACGCCCCGGUAGUGGCACGGCUAUGCGGAGCGGCAUCAUGAGUUCUAUUGAGAAGAUGGGUAACUAUCGUGGUCGAGGCGAGUAGGCACAUAUGAGUGAUGAGGGUUGGUAUCUUGGUUGGCGAUGAUUCAUGAUUAGGUGUUACGGGUUCUGGUGCCGAUAUGAUGAGGUUAUUGUAAUGAGUAUUCACCCCCCUUGGCACUUGUCGGAGUUUAGGCCUGGACUUUAAAGCCUUCUCGGAAUUGCAGAACUACCUAUAUUCAAGUUAGGUCGUCCUCACUUUUGUAUAACGCGUCAUGAGUCUCACGAGUCUAUGCUCAAUCCGAUAUAAGGUCAAUAGGUAGUCUUAAGACGAGUUCGCCCAGUUGAUACCCUCCUAAUUUAUUCAUAUCUUUUCUUCAAAUUUCACAAUUAUCCUGCUUACUUUAGGUUAGGUACUAUUCAAGGUAGUAAGGCAUAAAUAUUGUA